AUGGCGGCGGGCGGCGCGGAGGGCGGCUCGGGCCCCGGCGCCGCCAUGGGGGACUGUGCAGAAAUCAAGUCACAGUUCCGCACCCGCGAGGGCUUCUACAAGCUGCUCCCCGGCGAUGGCGCCGCUCGCAGGUCGGGUCCGGCUUCCGCCCAGACCCCGGCGCCGCCCCAGCCGCCGCAGCCCCCGCCCGGCCCUGCUUCCUCCUCCGGCCCCGGCGCCGCGGGCUCCGCUCCGUCCCCACCGCCUGCAGGCCCGGGACCAGGGCCCGCGCUGCCCGCCGUGCGCCUCAGCCUCGUGCGCCUCGGGGAGCCCGACGGCGCCGGGACCGGGGAGCCGCCCGCCACGCCCGCGGGGCUGGGUGCCGGAGGAGACCGCGUCUGCUUCAACUUGGGCCGCGAGCUGUAUUUCUAUCCGGGCUGCUGCCGCCGCGGGAGCCAACGGUCCAUUGACCUCAACAAGCCGAUUGACAAGCGGAUCUACAAGGGCACCCAGCCCACCUGCCAUGACUUCAACCAGUUCACUGCUGCCACAGAGACCAUCUCCCUGCUGGUGGGGUUCUCCGCCGGCCAGGUGCAGUACCUGGAUCUCAUCAAGAAGGACACCAGCAAGCUAUUCAAUGAAGAGCGGCUGAUCGACAAGACAAAGGUGACCUACCUGAAGUGGCUGCCUGAGUCCGAGAGCCUGUUCCUGGCCUCGCACGCCAGCGGCCACCUGUACCUGUACAACGUCAGCCACCCGUGCGCCUCGGCCCCGCCCCAGUACAGCCUGCUGAAGCAGGGCGAGGGCUUCGCCGUCUACGCCGCCAAGAGCAAGGCGCCCCGCAACCCGCUGGCCAAGUGGGCUGUGGGUGAGGGGCCCCUCAACGAGUUCGCCUUCUCGCCCGAUGGCCGGCACCUGGCCUGCGUCAGCCAGGACGGCUGCCUGCGCGUCUUCCACUUCGACUCCAUGCUCCUGCGUGGGCUCAUGAAGAGCUACUUUGGGGGCCUGCUGUGUGUGUGCUGGAGCCCCGACGGCCGCUACGUCGUGACAGGUGGCGAAGAUGACCUGGUCACCGUGUGGUCCUUCACCGAGGGCCGUGUGGUGGCCCGGGGCCACGGCCACAAGUCCUGGGUCAACGCCGUGGCCUUUGACCCCUACACCACGAGGGCCGAGGAGGCGGCCGCAGCCAGUGGUGACGGGGAGCGGAGCGGAGAGGAGGAGGAGGAGGAGGAAGAGGAGCAGCCUGAUGCGGGGGGCACAGGCUCCGGCGGGGGAGCCCCCCUCUCCCCACUGCCCAAAGCCGGCCCCAUCACCUACCGCUUCGGCUCAGCCGGCCAGGACACGCAGUUCUGCCUGUGGGACCUCACCGAAGACGUGCUUUACCCCCACCCGCCCCUGGCCCGCACCCGCACCCUCCCUGGCACGCCUGGCACCACGCCCCCCGCUGCCAGCAGCUCCCGGGGCGGCGAGCCUGGCCCCGGCCCCCUACCCCGCUCCCUGUCUCGCUCCAACAGCCUCCCGCACCCGGCAGGCAGUGGCAAGGCCGGCGGCCCGGGUGCCACAACUGAGCCGGGCACACCGUUCAGCAUCGGCCGCUUUGCCACGCUCACACUGCAGGAGCGGCGGGACCGGGGGUCGGAGAAAGAGCACAAGCGCUACCACAGCCUGGGCAACAUCAGCCGGGGGGGCGGCGGCGGCGGGGGCGGGGGUGGCGGCGGGGACAAGCCCAGCGGCCCUGCUCCCCGCAGCCGGUUGGACCCAGCCAAGGUGCUGGGCACCGCGCUGUGCCCGCGCAUCCACGAGGUGCCCCUGCUUGAGCCCCUGGUGUGCAAGAAGAUCGCCCAGGAGCGGCUCACGGUCCUCCUCUUCCUGGAGGACUGCAUCAUCACCGCCUGCCAGGAGGGCCUCAUCUGUACCUGGGCCCGGCCGGGCAAGGCGUUCACAGACGAGGAGGCGGAGGCCCAGACAGGGGAAGGAAGUUGGCCCAGGUCACCCAGCAAGUCAGUGGUAGAGGGCAUCUCCUCCCAACCAGGCAACUCCCCGAGCGGCACAGUGGUGUGAAGCCACGGAUGUCGGGGUUCCCAGCCCCCACGCUCCCUGCCUCCUAGCUGUAUUCCUCCCGCUGACCUCACGGAUCAACGUAUUAACAAGACUGACCAUGGCGGAGGGACUGCUCCCGUCCCUUGCCCUGCACAGAUUUGGGGGGGCAGAGGGUCUUCCAGACCGGCCCAGACACUCGGGGGAUGUAGUGGCCCAUGCGGCCUCAGCCUUGUCCCCACCCACUGCCAAGUACAAUGACCCCUUCCUCUGAAACAUCAGUGUUCGCCUCAUCCCUGUCCCCAGCAUGUGACUGGUUGCUCCUGGGGGAGAGACUCCCUGCCCAUAAGCUCUGCAGUGUGCCCCUUGUCCUGGGGGCAGGGCCGGGGUGGCCCACCCCUCCCCUGGCCUCCACCCUGCCCUUGCUGUUGUUCGUGCUUUUGAAGAGUGUUAAAUUAUGGAAGCCCCUUCGGGGCCCUCCCUGUCCCCCAGGACCUCUUAUUUAUACUAAAGUUCCCUGUUUUCACAGCGUCUCUGUUCCCUUCCGGGAGGUGUGGAGGGAGUGUGUGUGCCUUUUUGCUGCAGUCCUAGAAUCCAGCUACUUCCACCAAAGGAAGAGUUUGGCCCUGCCUCUCCCUGACCCGGUCCCCUCCCUGCUCUGUUCUCACUGCAGGAGGAGCUGAAGGCCUGAGGAGGAGCUCAGGGUGCACGGCAGGCCGGCCCCCCUGCCUGCCAGCCCUCCAGCCCUGAGCCCCGGGCCCCCAAACUCUGGAGGAGAAAGGGCCGCCAGGGCCCCCUUGCCAGUUUGAAAGUGCUCGAACUAUCCAGAUCAGAUAUGGAGGGGGGCUGCCCGGAUGGGUCCCCAGGUAGCUCCUGAGGUGCUCAGAGUGCGCCGCAAGUCUUGGCCUCCUGCUGCUUCAGGGCUCCUGGCUCGCAGGGCGCCAGUUGGAGACCACGGUUUCCUCCGGGAGCGGGAGCGCUGUCCGCCCCUGCCGGGAACAACGAAAAUCCCUCCUGGCUGGCUCUCCGGAGCUGCAGGGAGGGGUGUCUUCCCGCUCUGCCCUCCACCCCCCGAAAUGUUUCUGUUUCUAAUCCUGGCCUGGGCAGGAAUGUGGCUGUGCGGCCAGGUCCAGGGAGCUAUUCUGGGGGCUCCUUUGCCUCCCCCAGGCUUUGGCCAGUGGGUCACCCCCGGUCCUGGCUCCUGAGGGCCUCCCUUCCCAAUUCUCUCACCACCC